AUGUUGAAAAGGGCGAUUUUUCGAAAUACCGUAAUCAGAAGAUCAUCUUCUGAAGUCACUGCUCCACAAACAUCCGAAGAUUCUGUCGAAAAACCAUCAGCUAACUCAUCUACAGUAUACCGACCUCCAUAUUAUCGGAAACCACAUCAACAUCACACUUCCAAACAUAUGUUGCAAGAUGAGUUCUUGAAUACUGGAGAUGCAACUGGGGCUGGUGUUCGAUUAUUCGACUAUUAUAAAACUGCAGAAAUGGUGAAUUCAAUGCCAACAAUUAAAGAAAAAGUUGAUCUUGUUUCGCCAUAUGAAAGACCGUGGACAAGAGCAGAAAAGACUUGGAGACGGUAGGGAUUUUUCUACGGAAUAUUAAAAAAUCUCAUUUUUUCUAGGGAUUGGCAUCCAACACUUAUGGCAACUCGAAAAGCUUGGGGAAUUCCACAAACUCCGAUGCAUUUUGAUACUCUUCAAUAUUAUCAAUAUUUGACAAAAACUCGAGUUGAACAUGAUUCCCUGGAUGAUUAUUAUCAAGGAUUAUUGCCACCAUAUGAAGAUUUUCAGACAUCAUUUUUGAAUACUUUGAAAUCGAUGGAAUUCGGUGAUGGAUUGAAUUUCGAUGAAGAGUAUGUGAUAAGCUUUUGUAGCAAAAAAAAUGUUUUUUAUUUUUUAGACAAACUCAAAAAUUAUUGGGAAGUUUGAUUGAUGAUGCGAUGGGUGGAAUUGCACAUAAUGUAACGAGAUUGGCGGAAAAUCGAGUGGCAUAUGAUGUGGAAAGUGAGGCAUUCUGGAUUCGAAGCGGAUUUUCGUUCCUCUAUGAUGUUGAAGAGGUUGGAACUCGAGAAGUUGUUCGAAAACUCAACAAUUAUCCGAAAUAUAUCGGAGAUGAUCGUCGAAAAUUGGGAGAACUUGCUUUUGUUCAUAGAGACAAAUUGGCGGCGCAAAUUCGAAGCAAAGAAGCGCUUGCCGUUUUGCAUUCUUUGGACUCGGAAAAUGCGAAAUUGUCGAUUUUCGAUGAUAACAAAAAUGAUUUGGAUGAAGAGAUUUAUUCGCCAAAGGUCUACAAUUUGUGGCCAGAUCAAGAACCACUCUGGCAAUGUCCAGGUUAUCAUGUUGAUUCAGGAGAAACACAUUCACAUGGUAUUUUGGGUGUUAAAUCAUUGAGACCAUUAAGAGAAAGAAUUGCAUAUUGGAUGGGAUACCAAGACGGGAAAAGUUAUGAAUUUGAAGGAAUCCCUGAAGCUAGUGAGUUUGCAUCUAGAUUUUUGUGGAAAAUUUAAAAAAAAACAUUUCAGAACAAAUGUUUGACGACGCUGCAAGAUCUCAAGCGGUUGUAAGCAUGUUCACCACACUUUGCGCACAAGCUCACGCUCAUGGCAAGUUUUUUUUGAUAUCAGAAAUUUGUGUACUUAUUUUUGAAAAAAAAUUUAGGCUUCACUCAAUACACCGAUGUUACACGUCCUUUCACAUCACAAUUGAUUUUGUCGGAUGGUAUCAAUUUCUUCUUCGCUGUUGGACAAUUGAACACAUUGGCGAUAAAUGUGGAGUGUGAAGGUAUUUUUUUUACAAAAUUUGUAAAAAUAAUCCGACUAAAUUCGCCAUGAAAGCGUGUGUUUUUAUCGGUUUGCAGCUCGGUAUAGCACUAAAAAUCAGUGAUUUCAUGAUUGAUGAAAUUUCUCGAAAUUAAGCCGGCCAGGUGUUGAAAACUUCUCAAUUUUUAAUUUCAAAACCUAUAUUUUUUAUAGGAUUUGUUAACGAUCGUACAAAUUUCAUUCGAAUCGAAGGUCCCUUCAGUCUCUUCGACAUCUACGAUAAAGAUGAAUAUCAAACUAUAAAUAUUGUGAAAUCAAUCGAAGGAAAAGAAGAAAAUAAAAUUGGACCUGGUCUAAAUCACAAAGUUCUCGAAAGAAUCACACAAAUGUUAAUGAAACAAUAG